AUGAAUUUUGCUUUUGCUAGCUUAGCAGGGGAGACGCAGGGCUACUGCAAUACGCCGGCAGGUGUCCAGGUCAAAGUCACUUCCAAGUACGGUACAAUCGAAUUCAAUGUAACCAAGACCGGUGAAGACGACUUCUUUCUCGAAGGCGCAAAGGGCAUAGAGCUCUUCCAUAAAGAGCCUAACCCUACUUAUGAUGCGUGGGGCGAAAAGGUGCUCGACCUCACUUUGCAUAUCAAGCUUCGUGUCAAUCCGCCUUAUGACGCCUGUUGCGUCGCCCGGGCGGCCUUGGGAAUAGCCUACAGGCCAUUCGAAACUGAGAGCGCUCAAUUUAGGCAGACUUUCAAUUUCCUCGACAUGACCUGCUUUGGCGAAUCGGCACUGCCUACCUGUGAUCCAACGAUCCACAAAGACUUGCCCACUGCCAUCGAUCUAGAUUGCCAUAUGGGCGCUGAUUACGACAUCAUGCAAUAUCACGGUCCAUCAGACGACUACAUCCCCCAACAAUACCCCUCGUCGCUGUUGCUUCCGUUCGAAUGCCUCUCCUGCGACAUUUUGUCCGCGUUGCGCAUUUCACUUCGCGACAACAGAAGCUUGGUUGCUUCAUCGGCGCUCAAUCGAAUCAUCAGCAAGAUGCGAAGCUUUGGCAAGGUAUCUUUCGCUGGCAUACUUGCUCUGGUAACGUGCGUCCGUACAUCGGUCAUCGGAAGCCAGCCGACGUUGGCCAAACGGGCGACAAACGAAUGUAUCCUCAACGUCAACAACAACCAAAUCAUCUUUGUGUUUGACUUUACGCUCAAUGCCAAUGGGCUCGGCAUUGCAUCCGUCGACAAAGUCAUGCCUCAAGAGCCCGAUAAAGGCGCGUCGUACGGCUUGGCAAACGAAGUGAUUCCCGUUGGAUUCCUGCAGUACAACACCGCCCAACGCCAGAGUAUCGAACGCAACUCAGUCACUGCCUUCAAGGAUGGCACGCAGUACUACGCCCGCAUCGAGUUGGGCUUCAAGGACGCCAACAAGUUCCUGUUUUACUACAUGGCGAACUAUCAGAUCAAUUUCCAGGUCCAGACCAAGACCGUGCAAGGCAUGUCGUGCAAUAUCAAUGGCGUGCAAUGGGAUAUUUGGCAGCCUAAGAACUUCUUGGGUACUGGCUAG